AUGGCACGCCCUCGCGCUCUAUCGGGCGCUGAUGCCCCUAAAGAGCCACAUGCAGUCUCUCUCAAAGUAUUGCGGCUAUCGCGGCCUUCCUUAUCCUACCAGUACCCCCUGCCGGCGGCGGAGACGAAGAUCUCGGGUAAAGCUUCACUAAGCUAUCCCGCCGACAAUGUCGACGACCAGUUCAUUCUCACUCCCAAUUUAACACUACCCCCGGCCUUUGGCUCUGCAUAUGUCGGCGAGACAUUUGCAUGCACCUUGAGCGCAAAUAAUGAGUUGCCAGAUGAGGAGACAUCGCGCGUUGUUACGUCGGUUCGUAUAGUAGCAGAGAUGCAAACACCGUCGCAGGUAGCGUCGUUGGACUUGGAACCGGCCGAAGACACAGCCUCGAAGGACGGGAUACAAAAGGGACAUUCUUUACAGAAAAUAGUGCGGUUCGAUCUCAAGGAGGAAGGCAAUCACAUCCUGGCGGUUAGUGUCAGCUACACGGAGACGCUGAUUGGGUCGGACGCGCAAGCGGCCAGCGGGCGCGUGAGGACCUUUCGCAAGCUCUAUCAGUUUGUUGCACAGCCCUGCCUCAGUGUUCGGACCAAGUCCUCCGAAUUGGCACCCUUGGAGGUUGAGAACAAGACCUUGGGACCUUAUGGCAAAACUCGGCUGCUCCGGUUUGCGCUAGAGGCCCAAUUGGAGAAUGUAGGCGACGGUCCUGUCGUGGUCAAGCAAACGAGGCUCAACCCGAAACCUCCGUUCAAGGCCGUAUCCCUGAACUGGGAUCUGGAGGGCCCGGAUCAAACGGAUCCGCAGCCACCGGCUUUACACCCGCGUGAUGUCCUGCAGGUCGCAUUUCUUGUCGAGCAAAAAGAAGGACAGCAGGACGGGCUCGACACCCUGCAGAAGGACAUGAAGCGCGACGGGCGAGCAGUGUUAGGCCAGUUGUCGAUUGAGUGGAGAGGCGCGAUGGGAGACAAAGGAUUCUUGACGACGGGAAAUCUGUUGACGCGAAGACGGGCAUGA